AUGUCGCCUCCUGUUCCCCCGGACACCCGUUUUGCUCGCCCUAGCGCGAGCAGCGACAGCACCGGCAGCGUCACCCUCCACGAUGCCCAUGUUCAGACUGGGGAUAGGUCUUCUAUUCGACGUUGGUUCAACAGCAUGCGCAUAGCUGUCUUCCCCAAGGGCGUACAAAAGCAACUGGACACCUCAGGCGGAAAGGACUCUCAGACUCUUCAGACCUUCCCUUGCCCUGUGUCCUCUAAUGAGUGUGUCGCCGACAUCGAACCUGGUAUCACGGUCGAACCCGCUACCGUCUCGAGGCAUGUUGCCCGUGAUCAACAAACUUCUUCUGUUCCUGCUUCCACUCCCGCCUUCGCUUUCGCCUCCGUUUCCGUCCCCACCAAGUUUGGUUGGUGCAUGUCAGCCUAUGAACAAGCAAUGGCCGCGCCGACACCCUCGUCAGAGAGUACUGACCCCAAAGACCACGAAAUGACGUUAGCUGAGCCAGCAAAAGGCAAACGCAAUCGCCGACCUCGCCAACCGACCAUGAUCACUCCCGCCGUGUUGGACAAGAUCGCCAAGGACAACAAGAAGCACCAGGGAGCCACGGCCGCCCGGGAGAUAGAGGUCAGGAAUAGCAGUAUGGGAGUUUCUUCGUCGAGUUCACGUGCGAGAGGAGUUCAGGCAAGCCCGAUGAGGUGGUCACAAGACUAG